AUGGCUCAAGGGUGUCUAUACAAAGCCCUUAUCUUCUUAGGCAAUGCACUCUUUGAAUGGAAAUGCCACGCUCGAGAUAUGGGGCGUUCUAAUCGAAGGGUCAUACCUCUCGGCCCUCUUACGGUAAAGCCAAUGCACCAGCCAGCCAGUGUGGUGGCGAACACGCUGUGCUUGGGUUGGUCUGGUAUGAGAAGUUAUGGGAAAGAGUAUAUUACAGCAUCUCUAAUUCGUGAAUUUCUAAUGAUCGCCGUGUUCCGCAUGCUGGAUCUUCUACUAUUCUAUGUUCUUCCCGAAAGCGUACUAAUCCCUAUGUUGUGCGGAGCUGAGCAUCUUCUAUUCGCUGGGAUAAAGCUUUUCCUCUGCAGGGGCCUUGUGCAGUAA